AUGGCCGACGUCGAAAUAAGACUGGCGCCACCUGAUGCCACACCACCCUCUCUAUCCCUCACCUCCCAAAUCCUCAACCCCCAAACAUCAACACCACCUCACUUCAACUUCGCCCCGUUCCUCUCCUACUACCACCCGACCCUCGGCGCCCCCUCCAAAGUCACGCGACCCAUCUGUCCCGACUUCAAAGCCGGCAACUGCAGGAACGGUCCCACCUGCCCAAACCGGCAUUACGUCCCCCCCAACGAGCGCAGCGGCAUCUCCAACCUCAUCUGCAAGCACUACCAACGCGGUCUCUGCAAGAAAGGCGACCACUGCGAAUUCGCCCACACCUUCAACCUCCGCGACGAGCGGGAAUGCAAAGAGUUCACUCGGUAUGGUAUCUGUCCGCAGGGAGACGACUGCACCUACCUCCACAUCUCCCCCAACAGCAGAUUGAGAGACGCCGCCUGUCCCCACUACACCCGCGGUUUCUGCCCGCUAGGCCCUUACUGCUCACUCCGCCACAUCAAACACCCGACCCCCUGCCCCUUCUACCUUGCCGGUUUCUGCCCUAACGGCCGCGCUCACCCACCUGGACCCGAUAAAGUUGUUAGCUGUGAGCACGGCGCGCAUAUGCGGUGGAUUAAAGACGAGGACUUGAAUCCAAGGAAGCCGGAGGUGAGGAAGGGGAGGGAUGUGGAGACGGAGAAGCGGGAGCAGGAGGAGCGGGAGGAGGAGUAUUUCGCUGAGAUGGAAAGGCAGAGGGAGAGGGAGGCGAGGGGCGAGCCGGGGAUGGGGCGGUGGGGAAAGGGGAUGAGGAGGGGUGGGGGGAGGAGCUUUAAGAAGAGGUUUUAG